GCAAGGCUCUGCUCGUGCGCCAAGCGCCAAGAUGCCAAACUAUCGCCAAGAUGCCAAACUAUCUUUCUCUCGCGCUCUCUUGUUUGGGAAGAGAAAGAAUUGAUGGAUUCCAUCUUCUUGUACUAAGAGAAACCGCAAGUUUGUUGUUGAAGAAGAUGGAGGUUCGCCGACCCCAGCCAUGGCGACGGUCCCCAGCAAGCCGGAGCCCCUCUCCGACGUGAGCGACCUCAACCUCCAGGACAAGGAGGCCGGCCUCACCAAUGGCCUGGCGGAUUCAUCAGACAAGAACGACAAGGAGGCACCAUCACCUGAGAUUAACUCUGAGGAGUCCCUUGAGGGUGACAAGGUUAUUGACAUAGGUCAGAAGGUUCUCAAUGCGCUUGAUGAUCUGCCUGCUGCUGACCUGGCUCCCUUCCUAGCCUGCGAUGACAUCGAGGGGAAUCCUAACCCGUGGGUUCAAGUGGAGCCUCGCGGACGUCGACAGGGAGCCCAUACUGUUGCACCGGUUGACAACACUGGUGAUGUGGAUGGCCUGGGGGAACAGGGUGUAGAUGAAUUUGAGGAUGUAUUCUGGCUGACAAAGAUUCGACAGCACAGGGUUUCAAGGAGGAGCACCAAGUCCCGCCCACGUGCCUUGGUGGGAGUAAGGAGUGGCCCUGGAGUGUUCGUCUUCAACUACUGAUCUGGGAAGCUGUAUCUGAAACUUUUUUGGGCAGGAGUCUGGAGUGGCCCUGAAGUCUUCGUCUUGAACUACUGAUCUUUGAGGCUGCAUUUGAAACUUUUUUGAGUGAGGGUCUUGUUUGAAUGGAGCUACAUAAAUUUUACUACAUACUGUUUUCUGCUUGAUAUAUUUUUAGUAAGUGGUGUUUGCCACCUUGUGCAACAGUGCAAGCCAUGUUUGUCACUCUUCGAAGUUAUUGGCUAGUGUUAAAUGCUA